GUGCGAACUGAUGGCUUGCAAGGACUUCGGAAGUGGAAGGACACAAUACGUGACGUUGCUGAAUUUACAGUCACUCGUCUGAGAUGGCAUAGGUUCUCCUGCUUGAGCAGAGGGCUGGACUAGAAGACCUCUAAGGUCCCUUCCAGCUCUAUUCUAACCCGAGUUCUGCGUUUACAAAUGCACUGAAGCAUGAAUUAGCCCCCAAAAACAGCUUUGUCCUCUAUCCUACAUCCGCCUUAUUUAGUUUCUGCAAGAUUUAACAGGUGCGGACUUCAACUCCCAGAAUUCCCCAGCCAGCAGUUGAAGUCCGCACCUCUUAAAUCUUGCAGAAAGUCAGACACGCUGCCCUAAAAGCCCCCCAAAAUCAUGUCCGGCUUGUGUUAAUUAUUGCUUUUUUCUAAUCUGCUACGUGCCUCACACUUCUCAUGUUUUGAUCUGGCUUUAAGCACCGUUUAAUCUCCCAUAGUCCAGGAUCUGAAUUGGGCGGAUGUAUAAAGUCAAUAUAGAAAACUUGGCAGAAGCUUCCCUUGGCAGCCAGACCAGCUCAUCUGUGCAACGCUGGGACUUGUUACAAGUGCCAGCCACAUGUCGGGAAGCGCUUGGCAUCCCUGGGCUGAUACAAGGAUUUCAUCUGUCCACCACCCACCUUUUCAUCCUGACAAUAAUUAGAAUUUAUAAAAACUUCAUAAAGUUUUAUAAAACUUCGAUCCCAUGAUCUUGGGGAUGUUGCAAUUGUCAUAAGUGCGAAAUAAUGGUCAUAAGUCCCUUUUUUCAGUGCUUGAACGGUCCCUAAACAAAUGGCUGGAAGUCGAGGCCCAGCUGUAAUGCCAGGCUACGGUUUUUCAAUGGCUUCAUUAGAUGCCUUUUUUCCAAUGGAAACAUUGUGAAAAGAAAAGAAAGAGAGAGAGGGGGAAAGAAAGAGGGAGGAGUGCAAAAGAAAAAAGAACAAAAGAGAAAGAAAAGGAACAAAGGGAAGAAAGAAAAAAGAUUAAAAAGGAAAGAAAAAAGAGAGCAAAAGAAAAGAAAGAAAGGAAAGAAAGGGAAGAAAGGAAAGAGAAGAAAGAAAAACAAAAGGGAAGAAAGAAAGAGAAAGGAAAAAGAUAAAGAUGAAAGGAAAAAAGAGAAGAAAGGAAAGAAAGAAGAAAAGGAAGGAAGGAAGGAACCUCUGGGCUUGAGAGACAAUGCCCUUCCAGAGAGCUGAGCACAGGCCCCGUGGGAAGCCCUUCCUAUUGGGGAGCCUGUUUUCCAAGCCAGCCCAGUUCCUCUGAGCAUGUACAGAGUGCUGCAGGGGGCGCCAGCCAGCCAAGGGCUCACUGCUGCCACUGGUGUCUCUUGGCAGCUGGCCGACCUGUUAAUCCGCCCGGUCUUUGCAGCGGCUGGAGGAGCCUGGCUGCCCUUCAGACCUUGGCUGCCCCUCCCUCCACCCCUCUCACUGCUUCCAAAGUUAGACUCGGAUUACGACGAUGAUGAGGACGCGUCAUAAGACGCAGGUCGCUUUCUGUUAGGCUCAAAGGCAGCAGCCGGCGGAUUCCUUGCCAUUCCCUGCCCACGGGGGGCCUCGGGGGUCUCGGUCCCCUCCUGCCCCCCAUCCAGGCCAAGGGGAUGUGCCCAGCCCUGGCCAGGGGCCCCUCCUGGUGCCCUCGGUGAGAUUCGGGGGAGGGGCAGCAUGUGGGGGCAGCCGAAACAGGCCCUGCUGGGCUCCCUCUCCCCCCGCCUGGGGGAGGCCUGGCAGAGGCUGAAGGCCUUCUGGAGCGAGAAUGGGCUGCUGACCCUCUCCGUCCUCUCGGUGGUGACCGGCUGCCUGAUGGGCUUCCUGCUCCGCUUGCUGGAACUCUCCCAUCUGGAGAAGCAAUAUUUCUCCUUCCCUGGGGAGCUCCUGAUGAGGAUGCUGAAGAUGCUAAUUUUGCCACUCAUCACCUCCAGCCUGAUGUCUGGCUUAGCCACCAUGGACUCCCGAGUCUGCGGCAAGAUGGGCCUGCUGACCAUCACCUACUACCUCUGGACCACCUUCAUGGCCGUCACCACAGGCAUCGUGCUGGUGAUCACCAUCCACCCGGGUGCCGCCGCCCAGAAGGAGGAGCACUCGGUGGGCAAAGUGGUGCUCAGCUCGGCCGAUGCCUUGCUGGACCUCAUCAGAAAUAUGUUCCCUUCCAACCUGGUAGAGGCUUCCUUCCAGCAGUAUCGGACAGUCCUCGUCCCCGUAGUGAAAUCCCCCGGGACCCUGAAGAAGUCCAGCUCAUCUUUCAGCUUCAUUUACUUGGUGCCUGAUCCCGGGAACCCGGAGAUCCAGCGUCCCGUUCUGCUGGAGAUCACUCCCUCCCCGGAAAUGAUCUACGAGGCGCUCCCUGGGAGCAACAACGAAAUGAACGUCUUGGGCAUCGUCCUCUUCUCGGCCACGGUCGGGCUCCUCCUGGGAAAGAUGGGGGAGCGUGGGGCCCCCCUGGUUAACGUGUGCCAGUGCCUGAACGAGGCCGUGAUGAAGAUUGUGGCCAUGGCGACGUGGUACUUCCCUUUCGGGAUCGUCUUCUUGAUCGCCGGGAAAAUCUUGGAGAUGGAAAACCCAGCGCUGACGGGGAAGAAGCUGGGCCUCUACGCCAUGACGGUGGUGAUUGGGUUGGCCAUCCACGCCCUCUGCUUCCUGCCCCUCCUCUUCUUCAUCCUGACCCGGAAAAACCCCUUCCCCUUCAUCCGGGGAAUUCUCCAAGCCUUGCUGAUCGCCCUGGCCACCUCGUCCAGCUCAGCCACGCUGCCCAUCACCCUGCGGUGUCUUCUGGAGAACAACCGGAUCGACAAGCGCAUCAUCCGUUUCAUCCUCCCGGUUGGAGCGACCAUCAACAUGGACGGAACUGCGCUCUACGAGGCGGUGGCCGCCAUCUUCAUUGCCCAGGUGAAUGAGUACGACCUCGACCUGGGACAGCUCAUCACCAUCAGCAUCACAGCCACGGCCGCCAGCAUCGGGGCCGCCGGGAUUCCCCAGUCGGGCCUGGUCACCAUGGUCAUCGUGCUCACCUCCGUCGGACUCCCCACCGAAGACAUCACGCUGAUCAUCGCCAUCGACUGGGCCCUGGACCGGUUACGCACCAUGACCAAUGUCCUGGGUGACGCACUGGCCGCCGGGAUCAUAGCUCACGUCUUCCGGAAGGACUUCGCCGCAAAGGACCCUGUGAACCUGGUCUGGGCAGAGACCGCCCCUCCCAACCCUCAGGAGCCCAGGGUGCAAGGGACAGAGGAAGCCCUUCCUGGACAGAACGGUCACUGCAUCUGUGAGGUGUGAAGGCCACGUUUCUCAUCACCCGCGACAUCCAGGAAGCCGGUGCUGUGGUUGGCUCCCUUUGACUCUACAGGACCCACACACACCCACAGGGCCCCGCAAAGGAAGAGCCAGGAGCCGCCACCCCCUCUGACUCUGCUCAGCCCCACCCUCUCCCGAAAUCCCUUUAGGGGAAGCCAAGAUCAGGGCCCACCGGAAGAGAUGCCGGGAGGUUGCCGGGACUUUCUGAAAACUGAAUAUCGCAUCUGGGGGCCGUUUGGACUGUUGGCUCCUUUUUCAUUUUACUCUUUUGAUAACGAAAGCAGAAACUUUUCAUCAGCUUUCUUAGUCCUUGUCCCUGAGACGCCUUCUAAAAACUAAGAAGUGUCUUUUCUAAGCAGAGGGAGGAGAUCACACCAAAGGGCUGCAACCCUUCUGGGGCUCCAGGCACCCGA